ACCACAUUUUCUCAUUAGGGUUUCAGAAAAAAAAAACAAACAGCAGCCAUGGCUUGCACGAUAGACUUACGCUUCCUUGACGAAGGCUUCGGCGGCAAGACCUACAAGCGUAAACGCGAACAUGAAGCGCUUCAACUAAUCACCACCGAAACCACAACCGCCGAUGCAUCGAUGGAGAUCGACGCACCACCGGCAAAGCGAUCGGCAAUACCUUCAACGGAUAAUCCAGACAAACCGGUAGCCGUGGGAAAGCCAACAUACGAUGGGGUCAUCGCAGGGAAGGUGUCUGGACGGAACUGGAAGCAACCGAGGAAACAGAGAGCGUCGGCGAAGCAAGUGAGCAAGAGGGGCACGAAUUUCGAGGAGAGGCAGAAGGAGAAGGAGAUAAAGAAAGCAUACAGAGAGAGGAAGAAUGAGUUGAAGGAGGAGAUUAGGAAGAAUAAGGUGGAGAAGAGGAAGAUGAGAGAAGAAAGAGAGAAGAGGAAGCAGGAGAAUAUAUUGAGGUCUGGUACUAAGUUGCAGAAGAUCACUAACCCUAAAACUCUCAAGAAGAUUGCUAAGUCUAAGGAUAGGAAGAUGCUUAAGGUUGUGCCUGAUGAGCUUGUUAACAACAACAAGAAGAAGAAUGCUAACAAGAAGGAUUAGGGUUAUUUUUUUCUUCUGGGUUUUAUGCUAAUCUUUUCCUACUGUUUAUGUUUUUAUCUUAGAUUCACUGCAAGAAUCUUUUUUUUGUUUUUUCUGGAGAGUUUUGGUGUUCAAAUCUAAUGUGGGCAUUCAAUGGAAAUGCUUACUGUAUCCUAAAGAUUUGGAAAUGGCAACACAGUCAAAUUCUUGCUUGCUUCAA